AUAAAGUAUACUGUUCACUAAUGCUGCUUUGUUACGUUUCACGAAUUCUGAUAUGGGGUCUACCCCACUCCUCUCCUCUUCGUCGUCACAAAGUAAACUAGGCCACCAGCAGUCCGGCUCCCAUGACAACCGAGCAUGACCCAUGGACACAGAGGAGGUCUCCGCUGACAUCAUCUCCCAGCGGGGCCAAGUCAUGCACCUGAGACAAACUUUGUGAGGAGAAGGACAUCAUGCAAACCAAACAAAGAUCAGCAACAGGACAAAGGAUUAUUUUUACAGGUCCAGAUGGUAUCGGCGACUACCGACCGAGGUUCAAUCAGCCCCCGUACACGGGAGUAGGCAUCUUAACCCCUGAGGCCAGCAGCGACCUAUCUUACCUGUGGAGGGCGGCUCCGCAUGCACCCCCGCCUUUACCCAAGCAGGCCUAUGUGGGCGAGGUGGGCUGGUGUUGGCAGUACAGCUCCAUGUUGAAUGACAGCACGCUGCGCAGCGGCAAGCAAAUCAGGAAGAGCGUCAUACGAAUGGAAGUGGAGGACCGAGCGGGCCACAAGUUUCUGCAGCAAUCGUAAGGCAACAAGAACCUUAUAUUUGGGUACGGCAGUACAGAAUCACAUGACAUGCCUUGUGGCAACGGUGUUGAAUGUCUGUGUGAGCUCAACUGAUCCAUAAUGCAACACUU